AUGCAGAUUGUUGGAGGACGAUGGAGAGUUAUUGGGAAGCUGGGCGAGGGUGGUAUGGGAGCUGUAUAUAAAGUGGAAGACAAAAAUCGCAAAAACUUUUUCGCCGCAAUGAAAGUCGAAGAUGAUUCAUAUGAAGGCGGCGUACUAAAAUUAGAAGUGUUCAUCCUCAAAAAGCUGCAGACAAUGAGGGAUACUGUAAAAUUGUAUGAUUCUGGAAAACGAGACAAAUAUUGUUUUAUGGUCAUGACUCUUUGUGGCAAAGAUUUAAUGACUCUCAAAAGAUUAUCAGCCAGGCCGUUUUCGGAGUCAACUACACUUCGUUUAGCUAUAAGCACUCUGUACGCCAUAAAACAGGUGCAUGAAAUUGGUUACGUCCAUCGUGAUAUCAAGCCAGGAAAUUGCAUGAUCGGCAAGUACGGAAGGGAUACUAGAAUGAUAUACUUGAUUGAUUUUGGUAUGGCCCGAUCUUUCGUUGCCAAGGAUUUAACUACUGGUCAGUUAGCUAUACGUAAACCUCGAGAAGGCGAACAGCUGUUUCGUGGUACACCUAGAUACUGCAGUUUAAAUACUCACCACAGAAAAGAGCAGGGACGGGUUGACGACCUUUGGUCAUGGCUCUACAUGCUCGUUGAACUUCAUGUCGGAUUACCAUGGAAUCGCCUUGUAGACGAAAAGGAAAUAUAUGCAAGAAAGUCACAGUGUACGCCGAAACAGUUAUUUCGGGUGAGAUUCGUUUAG